UUGUCAAAUUAUGGAAGAGAUAGUCGGAAAUGAGGAGAAUACAUAUGAUAUGUUUGAUAAGCUAAGCCGUCUAGAGUUACAACAUCUUCCAAGCCUUGCUAGAUUCAGCUCAGGAAGUUACAUUAAAUUUCCAUCUUUGGUGUUUUUGGAUCUAGACGAUUGUACUAAACUGGAGACAUUCAUCUUUGAUGCCAAGAGUGAAAAUAUUACAACCAACAAAGAAGAAAGAGAUAUUGAGCUCUUUGAUGAAAAGGUAGAAUUUCCUAGCUUGGAGAUAUUGUGGAUACAGGACUUACCUAAAUUGAAGACAAUAUUCCACAACCAACUACAUUCAGAUUCUUUUGCUAAGCUCAGAAUUAUGGAUGUUAAUAGGUGCCACAAUUUGAUUAAUAUCUUUGGGCCAAGUAUCAUGGGAAGAUUGAAUGCUCUAGAGUCCUUAUAUAUAAAGCAAUGCCAGUCACUACAAGUAGUAUAUGACUCAUCAUCUACCGCUCAGUUGAACAAUUUUGAUUGCCCGAAUCUAAAUUUAGUUGAGAUAUCCUCAUGUGAGAGUUUGAAGAAUUUAUUUCCCGUCUCAGUAGCCAAAAAUCUUAAGCAGCUAAGCAAGUUCAAGGUCGAGAAUUGUGGUUUAAUGGAGGAAAUUGUCACGAUGGAAGAAGGACCAAAAAGGACACAUGAGGAGUUCAGGUUCCCUAAAGUAGAAAUAGUGAUAUUUGAAAAUCUACCCCGGCUUCGGAGUUUCUAUCAUGGACUGCAUGUCUCUAAUUGGCCAUUACUCAACGAAUUGAGCUUCAUUGAAUGUGGUAGUGUGGAGAUUUUUUCUUCUGAAUUUUCAACAUAUCACGACAAACUUGAGUUGAGACACCCAACACCAAUGAAACAGCCUUUCUUUUUAAUUGACAAGGUUAUGAUGCCCAACUUAACAACCUUGAUUGUGCAUCAAUGUGAUAGUUUAAGAUUCUUGUUUUCGAGUUCCAUGGCUAAAUGUCUCAGACAAUUCAAAAAUCUCAAGAUAUCCAAUUGUCAAAUCAUGGAAGAGAUAGUGAGAAAUGAGGAGAAUACAGAUGAUAUGUUUGAUAAGCUAAACCGUCUAGAGUUACAACAUCUUCCAAAUCUCACUAGAUUUAGCUCAGGAAGUUACAUUAAAUUUCCAUCUUUGGCGUAUUUGGAUCUAGACGAUUGUACUAAACUGGAGACUUUCAUCUUUGAUGCUAAGAGUGAAAAUAUUACAACCAACAAAGAAGAAAGAGAUAUUGAGCUCUUUGAUGAAAAGGUAGGAUUUCCUAGCUUGGAUACGUUGUACAUAUGGGACUUACCUAAGUUGAAGACAAUAUUCCACAACCAACUUCAUUCAGAUUCUUUUAGCAAGCUCAGAAUUAUGGAUGUUCGUAGAUGCCACAGUCUGAUUAAUAUCUUUGGGCCAAGUAUCAUGGGAAGAUUAAAUGCUCUAGAGACAUUACAAAUAAAGCAGUGCCAGUCACUACAAGUGGUAUAUGACACAUCAUCUACCACUCAGUUGAACUGUUUUGAAUUCUCUAAAGUAACAUGUAUGAUGUUUGAAGAUCUACCUCAACUACGGAGUUUCUAUCCAGGGCUGCAUGUUUAUAAUUGGCCAUUACUCAAUACAUUAAAUUUCAAGAAAUGUGCUAAUGUGGAGAUUUUUGCUUCUGAAUCUUCAACAUAUCAAGACAAACUUGAGUUGGGCCAUCCGACACCAAUGAAACAGCCUUUCUUUUUAAUUGAGAAGGGUAAGUCAUUCAUCAACUUGGAAUACUUGAUGUUGGACGAGAACACAGAGAUUUGGUAUGAGCCGUAUGGUCCACUUCCGGCAGAGUUGUUAAGCAAAAUAAAAUCGAUUUAUUUUGCUACUUCACAUCCCAAGUCAGAUGUUUUCUUUGAGAAUUUACAGAAUAUUGAAAACCUCGGUGUUCUCUCUGCUCCUUGGAAAGAAUUAAUUGUCCACAACCACCAAGGAAGUAGUAGCGGGGAAAUACAUGAAGCUGAGACCUUCCCACGUGUAAAGACUUUGUGGCUCAUCGAUAUGCCGGAGCUGAUACAUCUAGGAAUGGAAAAACUCCGAACCAGGGGUCCCUGUCCUAUUAGAGAAUCUAGCUUCAACUUUGAUAUCCUUUCGGAAUCUAACCAGUUUGACCAUACGGUAUUGUCAUGGACUGCAAUACUUAAUACCUUAUUCUGUGGCUAA